UACACAAGUAGAGAGCAAAGAUAGCUCAAUUCAAGAAGCCUAAAGUCACUUCUCAGAAUGGCUAUCACCACUCAGCCAUUACUAACCACACAAGCCUCUCACAGCAAAAGUCUCUGUCUGAUCUUCUCCUUAGUUGCAAUCAUCUCAUCAUUUGGCAUGAUCACAGACCACUUGAUCAGGACCAGCGAUUUUGCUAAUGCCCCUUUUGUGCAUGUCUGUGGCAAGGCCCAAGAUCAGGCUCGAUGCCGAGCCAUGGUUUCGGAAAUCGUCCCCUAUGGCGCGGCCUCAUUCAUGAGUGACAACAAGAUGCUCCAAGUGUUCGUGAAGAAGAUGGCUAUCCGCACGGGAAAUGCUAUAGACGCCACGAAGGAUGUCCGCCGCCGGGUGAAUGAUCCUAGAGAAGAAGCGGCUUUGGCUGAUUGCGUGGAGUUGAUGGACAUGUCUGUGGAUAGAUUGGAAGACUCCACAAGGAGUCUUCAAGAACAGAAGUCAUCUGCAGAUGUCCAUACAUGGCUGAGCAGUUCACUCACAAAUUACAUCACCUGCUUGGAUGGUUUUGAAGGCUUGUCAUCGGCUAAAUCUUUGAUCGAGCCUAUUGUCAGUGACUUGAUAUCGAGGGCAAGAACUUCUCUAGCCAUGUUUGUUUCUGCUUCAUCUCCUGAAGGACAAAAACCAGAUGUCCUGGAGUCCUUGAUCGGCAAUUUCCCAUCAUGGGUCACGGGAAAAGAUCGUCGUCUUCUGCAAUCUCCAGUGAACGCUGUUAAUGCCGACGUGGUGGUGGCAAAAGACGGAAGUGGGAAGUACAAGACAGUGAAAGAGGCAAUCGUGGCCGCUCCUAGCAAGGCCAAGACCCAGUACGUUAUUUAUGUGAAGAAAGGCACAUACAAGGAGAAUGUGGAGGUGCCCAAGACGAAAACAAACAUCAUGCUAGUUGGCGAUGGCAUGGAUUCGACUGUGAUCACUGGCAGCCUCAACGUUGUUGACGGUGCAACAACAUUCAAUUCUGCGACUAUUGCUGUGAAUGGCGAUGGAUUCAUCGCCCAGGACAUAUGGUUCCAGAACACUGCUGGGCCGCAGAAACACCAGGCAGUCGCGCUCCGUGUCAGUGCAGACAAGUCGGUGAUCAACCGGUGCCGCAUCGACGCCUACCAAGACACACUCUACACUCACACCAACCGCCAGUUCUACCGAGACAGCUACAUCACGGGCACGGUGGACUUCAUUUUUGGUGACGCAGGCGUCGUGUUCCAGAACUGCAAACUUGUGGCGCGGAAGCCCAUGAGCAGCCAGUCCAACAUGGUCACGGCCCAGGGCCGGACCGACCCAAAUCAGAACACCGGGAUCUCGAUCCAGAGCUGUGACGUGAUCGCGAGCUCUGAUCUCGAGCCUGUCAAAGGCUCGAUCAAGUCGUAUCUGGGUCGGCCUUGGAAGGAGUACUCCAGGACUGUGGUGAUGCAAUCAAACAUUGGUGAUCACAUUGAUCCCACAGGGUGGUCAGUGUGGAGUGGCGAUUACGCCCUCAAGACUCUCUACUACGGGGAGUACCUGAACAAGGGAUCGGGCGCAGGAACGAGCAAGCGGGUGACUUGGCCGGGUUAUCGGGUCAUCACCAGUGCGGCAGAGGCGAAGAAGUUCACUGUGGCCGAGUUGAUUCAGGGAGGGACAUGGUUGAAGUCCACUGGAGUGUCUUACACUGAAGGGUUGUGAAAAAUGAGUUUUGUUCCUUUCUUUUUAGCAAAGUUUCCGUAAGUAGUGUUGUGAAUUCAAUAAUUGAGAAAUGUUUGGAGAUUUCAUUGUACUCUAUGGUUCAUGUAACAUCGUUUUGGCUUCAUGUAAACUGCAUCUUAUCAGGAA